AGCCGGGCCCGCCUUCCACAGCGGCGAGGCCUGGGAGAAGAUGGCGGCGGCCGCGGGCUGGGCCCUGCUGGGCCUGGCGCUGUGGCUCUGCGCGGCAGCCGCGGCCAGCGAGGCGGAGGGGAAGCGGCGGGCCGGGCCGGCCAAGAAGAAGGACAUUCGGGACUACAACGACGCGGACAUGGCUCGGCUGCUGGAGCAGUGGGAGAAGGAUGAUGACAUUGAAGAGGGAGAUCUUCCUGAACACAAGAGGCCUCCAGCACCAAUAGAUUUCUCAAAAAUUGAUCCAGGCAAGCCUGAAAGUAUCCUGAAGCUGACGAAAAAGGGAAAGACUUUGAUGAUGUUUGUCACUGUGUCAGGAAAUCCCACAGAAAAGGAGACAGAGGAAAUUACUAGCCUGUGGCAGGGCAGUCUCUUCAAUGCAAACUAUGAUGUACAAAGGUUUAUUGUUGGCUCAAAUCGUGCCAUCUUUAUGCUGCGUGAUGGUGGUUAUGCCUGGGAGAUCAAGGACUUUCUGAUAAAUCAAGAAAGGUGUGCAGAUGUUACCCUGGAGGGCCAGGUUUAUCCUGGCAAAGGAGCAGAAGAAAGUGAGAAAGUGAAAAACAAAACAAAACCUGAAAAAGUAAAGAAGAAAAAAGAUGCAGAGAAGAAAUCUAAUAGCAUCAAAGAGGACAACCGAGCAACCAAGCAGAGAGAGGAUCUAUGAUGGACACCUUAACCAGACUGAAUGCUGCUCUGCUGUUCCCUGAAGGGAAACUACAUUUCCAUACAAUUCCUAGCUUUAUUGGGGGGCAGGAGGGAAGCAGAGAUUACUGAGGUUAAAAGACUUCUCUCUUGAAAUUCACCAGUUUACUUAUCAAUAUUGGUAAUUUGUUUAGUUAUGGGGAAGAUAAUGUGUCAUACCAGCAAUUGACUACUUUAGUUUAUAGCUUUUAGUGCUUUUGUUGUUUAAAAUUAAUGUACAAAUCUGUGUGUAAGGUCACAAACUUAAAUGGAAAAGAAGAAAUACAGUCUCAGGACACGUGUAGUAGCUACAUCCAUCAUGGCUGUGCAGGUUGGUCAUUGACUCCUAGCUGCUAUUAGGUAGCAGAGUGCAGUGCUGAAAGAUAGUCUUGGAAGCCACUUUGCUAGACUCGGUUGGCAAAACUUCCUGAAAUUGCAAAGAAUAAUGUUACAGUGGCCAAAGAUAACCUGAAAUUACAGGGUUUAGGACAUGUAUGGUUUGACUGCCUAUUUCGUUAAAAUAAUCCAAACCCCUUCGUCUGUCUGAAGAAAUUCAUGGAACUGCUCAGAAGCAUGGUAGAAGCUGGUAGAUAUUUGGAUAAUGCACUUCCACUCAGUGCAGAGAGGAGAUUCCUUACCCAUCAGAAGUGAUGCAGGAGUGUUAAUGGACUUAGAGGGCCUGCAUGAGGGGUGUCAGGGGGAAAGGAAAUCCAGAUUCAUGGCAUUCAGGUUGCUGCUGCUGCCAAAGAACCAUGACUGUGCAAAUAUGAUGUGUGCCCCAUUUUGUAGACAGUGAAAUUGCUUUAACUCUGAAAUUAAUUUGGUUUACUGGUUUUAAGGGUUUGUUUAAAUCUCUGAAAAAGCACUAGUUACAGUACAGAGUUAAACCUUGAGUUACACAUAUCUCUUAGUGAAGCUUAAUAACCAGAUUGUAUUUUUUGGUACAGAUUCCUGUGUGACAUGGCUGAUUGUAUAUGAACAUUUGAUUUAUAUGCUAUGAGGUUUGAUGUAUGAGAGCAAAUUAAAUUUUUCCUUAGAAGUCUUUGUAUAAUUGGGAGGAAUUUAUUGUUAUUCAGAUUCCAUUCAGUCAACUGUAUUGCUUAGAAUUGUUUCCCUUCUGCCUUACUAUGUAUUAAGGACUAAAUGCACCUAGUAUGUAUGGUCCACAUAAUUUUCCAGAGGAUGAGCACAGUAUUAACUGCCUUCGUUCAGUAAGACUAAGAUGUUACUUUGAGUCUUUAUUUAAGGUGCUAAAAUCCAAGUGUUUUGGAUAAAAGGUCCUAAUUGAACCAUAAUGGUUGAUCUUGUGGAAUACUUCAGUAUCAAAAGUGGGAAACUGUGACUUACUGAAUGCUUGUUCUAAAAUAAAAGAUGUCACUGAA